AUCACAUCUUCCAAACCAAACAGCACACAAACAAUUAGAAAAUUCCCUCAUUUGUCACUACUAGGUAAUUAUCAAUCCUCUAUGCUUUAUUUUAUAAGUACAUGCUAGAAACUAUUGAACUCAAAAGUCUUUGGUUCUAUGAUCUAAUACCUAUCCUCCUCUUGUUUUUGGUCAAUGAUCCAACACUAUUAACCUCUUCAAACCCUUCAAAUUUUCUUCUUCAAUAUCUCAUAGUUUUUUUCUGUUUUUUCAUUACAAUGACUAUGGAACCAAAUCCAACAUCAGAUCACAUUCUUGAUUGGCUUGAAGGUUCUGUCUCUUUCUUUCCAUCAUUUUUGGAUGAUCCAUAUAACAAUGGUUACAUCCAUGAGUAUGAGAUAUGGAAUCAGAAUCAAGAUAUAAGUAACCAGUACCAAAUUGAUGCCAAUACUAAUUCUUCUAAUGCCACAAAUAGCACAACCAACAUUGUUGCUGCUAGUACUACCACAAGUACAACAUCCCUUGAGCCUAAUAGCUUUAAUAACAUACCCUUUUCAGAUUUGCCGAAGAAACGAAAUGCCGAAGAUGAACUAAGUCUCAAAAAACAACCUCAAAACCAAAAGAACAAGAGACUUAAGAGUCGUCCGAUGAAUGAAAGUGAUAAUGGAGAUGCAGCUCUUGAAGGGACAGUGGUUAGAAAAUCUGGUGGGAACAAGAAAGGUGCAGCUAAGGCCAAUGGAAGUAACAGUAACAAUGGAAACAAUAAGGAUGGUAGGUGGGCUGAGCAGUUGCUCAACCCUUGUGCUGUAGCCAUAACCGGUGGAAAUCUGAAUCGUGUGCAACAUCUCUUAUAUGUUCUCCAUGAGCUAGCCUCAACUACCGGUGAUGCCAACCACCGGCUUGCAGCACAUGGUCUUCGAGCAUUGACACACCAUUUAUCUUCAUCUUCGUCAUCUACCCCAUCAGGGACUAUUACUUUUGCAUCUACAGAACCGCGAUUCUUCCAAAAGUCAUUACUGAAGUUCUAUGAGUUUAGCCCUUGGUUUUCCUUUCCUAAUAACAUAGCAAAUGCUUCCAUUCUUCAAGUUCUAGCUGAAGAGCCGAACAAUUUGCGCACCCUUCACAUCCUUGACAUUGGAGUCUCUCAUGGUGUGCAAUGGCCAACUUUUCUAGAGGCCUUGAGUCGUCGACCUGGUGGACCUCCUCCUCUUGUUCGCCUUACUGUCGUUAAUGCCUCUUCAUCCACUGAAAAUGACCAAAACAUGGAGACCCCAUUUUCAAUAGGUCCAUGUGGUGAUACUUUCUCUUCUGGACUCCUUGGUUAUGCUCAGUCCUUAAAUGUCAAUCUGCAGAUAAAAAAGCUUGAUAAUCAUCCAUUGCAGACAUUGAAUGCUAAAAGUGUUGACACAUCCUCUGAUGAAACCCUUAUUGUCUGUGCUCAGUUCAGGUUGCAUCACUUGAAUCAUAACAAUCCUGAUGAAAGAAGUGAGUUUCUGAAGGUGUUGAGAGGCAUGGAGCCUAAAGGGGUGAUAUUAAGUGAGAACAACAUGGAGUGUUGCUGCAGUAGUUGUGGCGAUUUCGCCACUGGAUUCUCACGAAGAGUGGAGUACUUAUGGAGGUUUUUAGAUUCAACCAGUUCGGCAUUCAAAAACCGUGACAGUGAUGAAAGGAAAAUGAUGGAAGGCGAGGCUGCAAAAGCAUUGACAAACCAGCGUGAAAUGAACGAAAGGAGAGAAAAAUGGUGUGAAAGAAUGAAAGAAGCAGGGUUUGCAGGGGAAGUAUUUGGAGAGGAUGCAAUUGAUGGAGGUCGAGCUUUGUUAAGGAAGUAUGAUAAUAAUUGGGAGAUGAAAGUAGAAGAAAAUAGUACAAGUGUGGAACUAUGGUGGAAGAGCCAACCUGUUUCUUUCUGUUCUUUGUGGAAACUGGAUAAACAACCAGAGUAGUUCGAGCUCAACAUUGACAGCAAGGCUAUAAGCAAGGUACCUUGGUUUUGGAGUUCUGUAUAGAAGUAGCAGUUGCCACCAUGAUGAAGUUAUUUCACCACAAUGUAGUUCUUCCUUAUGCUAAACUUACAACUACAAGCAUAUUUGUAUGAUAUUGAGUUAAGAAUUAUUUAAUUUGAUGUAUGUUUUGUAAUGAUUGAUAGCUAUUCAGAAGGUAGUAUUGAUUCAAAAUUGAUAGCUAUUCAGAAUGUAGUAUUGAUUCAUAGUUAGGCACUUGUUGUUUUUCUGCUA